CCCUACAUCAUUGGUCUGAUAUUCACGUUGAAGACGCACUCCCACAUUUAUGGCAUCCAUUUUGGAGAGGGACAGGGUCUCUGCUCAUCAUGGCCACUUUGCUCACGUCUGCUUGUGCGGAUCUCGCCACCGAGCACAUCCAGCCAAUUCUGAACCAGCCCAACGUCUCUCAGUAUUUCAUUGGCGUGACAUUUCUUGCAAUGGUUCCUGAGAUCCCAGAGAUUGUGAAUGGGAUUCAGUUUGCCCUCCAAAACAAUAUCAGUCUCAGCUUGGAGGUGGGAAGCUGCAUUGCUGUUCAGGUCUGCAUGCUGCAGAUUCCAAUCCUCGUAUUAUUUAAUGCCUGCUAUGACGUGGGAUUUGUGCUAUUGUUGAGUGACAUACACCUGUGGGCGAGUAUCUUCAGUGUGAUUCUUGUAAACUACAUCUUCACGGACGGCAAGUCGGAUUAUUUCCAGGGCACAGCUCUGGUGGUCGUAUUCCUCAUUCUGCUGGCACAAUGACACAACUUCUUGUGAUCUUUGUAAAAAAGUAGUUUUACAAUGCGGUUUAAUAAUAUAAUGUUAAGUAUCUGCACUGAUAUUUUUUUUAGGGUAAUGCUAUAAUAUAUUUGUAUGCGUUUGAACUUAAACAUGUUAAAUGUCUGUGAUAAUAGUGAUACUAUUUUAGAUAAAACACUGACACUAUGGAAAAUGUGGCACGGCUGGCUGUGCUAAGCAAGAAAAAGAACCUGAUAAUACAACAAUUUGAAAAA